ACACAAGUGCAUAAAUGUCUCCCCGCGAUAUUUCCGUGAGAAAUGACUUCUACAAAUGAUGGAAAAGACGUGAAAAGUAUUCAAACAAGCGUCCUAAAGGGAAAAACACAUCUUAUCGAGUUUUAUAAGGCUAUCGACGCGGGCCUUUCGAACUCCACUGAGCUCAGUGAACGCGUUAAAUACCUGUGUGAGGCAUGGAGGCAAGUGCCCUAUCUCUGCUUGUGCUCCGUGCCUGACACCCAAACACAUCUGAUCAAUUGGAUACAAAGAUACACAGCCAGAAAUGUAUUCCAGGAAGAAUGGCGGACUCCGAAAAGUAAAGCCGAGCACAGCAAACUCAAAGAAUCCAUAGAAAUUACACUUCGGGAGGUGAAAACCUCGAUAAAAAACAACCAUGGCGAGUGUCCACAGUGGAAACGUCUACUCUCUGCACAUGGAGAAUGGUUCAUCAGGAACAUGGAGAAUCCCUGGGAUCAGCCUGUUCUCAAGAAGCAGGAUCCGAUAACUGCCGAAGAGAUACUAGAAUGGCUGAGGGACGAGCAAGCGGUGAUCUUCACGACGCGGCUGAUUCAGCUGGCCGCUUCAAAAUGCGAAGUACUAGCGCUUCGGCUCAUCUCUACGAUCAUGGACCGUGUACGCGAGGAGACCACCGUUGUGCCGGACGCUGACGAGGCUGAUGAUUCUAAAGAUAAACCAAUUCCACAAAGUACACCGUCAAUCUACGAGGACAUCUUAACAAAAGAAGCAGGCUUCACAAAAGAAGUUUGGCAUUUUCUCACUGAUUUGGAGUUUGUACUGUUACACAAAAGAAAUCAGCGAGAACAGUGUAUUAAGCUGGCCAAACAAACACCACUCCGUGGAGCUCACAAACUUAUUGAAAGACUUCGAUACAGACAGAAGACACCGGCACCAGAUAAGAAAUUAUGGAAGAAUGCCUCAGAAAUUGCAACUUUAAUAGCACAAGUGGUGGUGGUGCGCUGCAUGGUGGUGUCGCGGUGCGCGGGCGCGGUGCGGAAGGCGCUGUACCACUGCAGCGGCGCCCUGGUCGCGCUGCUCGGGCCCGCCGCCGUGCCCGCCGCCGCGCGCGCACUCGCCGCGCCCGCCGCCUCCGCCGCGCACCUGCACACGCUCGCCGACGCGCACCACGAGCAGAGUUCAGAAGAGCUGAAGCCGUUUGUCUGCGAGCUGUACGUGCGCGCGAUAACGGCCGGCAUGAACGAGCUCGAAAAACUCAAACUGAAGACUGAAAAGGAAAGAGAAGCUCGUUCGACAGAACAAAUGCUAGCUCUAUGGUUCGUGCAGUUAAGCGAUUUGCUGUCGUCGAGCCAACGUAUGAAGUGCGAAUGUAUCUUGACCGCUUUCUCCGUGCACCCCUCUCCCCUCAUGUACGAGAAGAUUCAGGCGGCACCAACAUUGGCGCCAAUUGGUCUGGACACGCAUGAACCACGAGUAGGAAAAGACACAUCAGAAUUUGGCAGCUGGGCGACAGACAGUCGCUCCCAAACAAACUUAGUGAAGACUUCCGAAACACUCAACUUGAAACAGUCACAGCACCAAGCAAAUGUACUCUCCACAGCAAUAUUAAGCGAGGGCGAAGCCCUGGGCCUCAGUGCAGAGCUAUGCCAAGACAUUUCAGUGUUGUUAUCAGGACCUCGAGUAAAGACACUCUCUUGGGACAUGGAUAGGGACUUACUACUUGAUAACUGUAGAUCAUACAUGGAAAGGACUAAUGGGGGCACGAAAGCUCUCACCACUGAACUUAGGUACUUAAAUUUGGACCCAAAGGCGUAUCAGCAUCUGCCUGAAGAAGAUGACAAUGAGAAUGAUGCAUUCUAUGGCAUAGAAAAAGGUUACGAACACCUGGUUGAGUUUCAAGAGGAUGAGCCCGAAGAGACUUGGCAACCGACGACCGUACUUUACGACGAGACCUACAGUCCUUAUUCAAGUAAUAUAGAAUCAGAUUUUUCCGUGUACAGACGAAAAAAGAAAGUAAAACCUAAUUUCGAAAGUUCCGAAGAAGAAUGUAAUCCACUUAGUAUCGUAGCAGAAACCAAGAAAAAAGAGAGACCUCACAGCAAAGAGAGGAGUAAAGAAAGAUCUCAGAACAGAGAGAAAAGCAGUGAGAGACAUCAGAAGACAGACCAACAAAAAAGUAAACAGAAGACACAGAAGAAAGAACGACGAAAAAUAACGUGUGCUGAUGAAGAUCCCCUUGAUAUUACGGGACUCAUUCAAGAUCAAAAGAAGGAAAUUAUUGUUGCUAAACAAAAGAAAAAAGAAAAACGAAAAAAGAAGGAAGAGAAAAUCAUUCCAAAGUGUAGUUCUUUAUCUCGCCUAGUCGGUAAGAGAAUCACGAAAGUUUGCAAACCAAUUGAGACAUAUAAAACCGCAUCGGUAACAGACAGUGACUACGACAGUCAAGGCAAGUGCUCGCUCAACUCUGAGGGAACAGAAGAAGUCGUUUUCGAUGGCUUGUACUCAAUGGACGAACUGAGGUCUCCCGAAAAUAUUUCACAGACUGAAAAAAUUGGACCAUCAAAUAAUGAAUUCUCCAUUGCCAACAAUAUCAAUAAAUCCAUAUCUUCCAAACCCAGUUCGAUACGGGCAAUUCAAAUACACCGAAAUAUGCAAACCAGCCAUAAAAUUCCUCCUAGCAUUCAUAAUCCACGACCUAUUUUCAAGAACGGCCCCGAGGAGGUGAAGAAAAGUAAAUCAGUGCUAAUUGAAUAUAGAAAACAGUUGAAUUCUACCUAUUCGAAAGUUCAAAAAUCGAAUAGUACCACCGCAACAAACAAUUUAAACAACUCACUCUUGAAGCCCAUGAAAGCUAUUAAACAGGAAAGCUCUUUUCAAGCUCAAAUACGACCUAAACCUGUUACCAUACCUGAGAUACCUAAGGUUUUCAUUAAUAAAAAUCAAUCUCAAAAGUUAAAUGUAUUAAAUAGUGAAGUAAAUAAAAUACUUAAUAAAACUCAAGCACCCUACCAAAGUCUGAAUAAUGAAUCGCUUUUGAAUACUCAACCUGCCAGUGUACAUAGUGAGUCUCCUAGUUAUUCACCGGCUGCAUACAGACCUAUUUAUCCGAUGAAAGAAAAUAAUGUUAUAAAGAAUUCUGAACAUACAUUACCUACGACUUACUCAUUUCCACAAGCUUCCCAACCAACAGAUAAUACGCUUGAUAAUUUCGUUAAAGAACUGAAAGUAACAAUAAAUGCUGGUGCGGGAUUAUCAAAUAGAGCUCUAACGCCUAGCCACAGAAAUAUUAAUCCCCCAAACAGAAUGACGCCUCCAAUAAGUGCUACAACUAAGUCUGAAAUUAAAAACAAAUGUGCCAAACAAGGAAUUCAGAACAAAUCUGAUACUGAAAUAACUUUUUCACGUCUCAGCUACUUGCAUAAGAACAAACAAAAAGUUGAUGCUUUAAUUGACUAUCAAGAUGCGAUCCUCAAGGAGUAUUUAGCACCGACGGAAUCAAACAGGACAUCCGCGGACCAGAUUAAUUUAACUGAACACCUACGAAAAAAUAGCGCAGGACUCAAAACUGAAGCUAAUAAUCUUCCACCUAAUACAAGCAUGUCGGUAUUGAGAAAUGUAGAAACACCGAAACAUAAAUAUCCAUCAAAUACAAAUAGUCAAACUUCAGUGAAUAAUCUACAUACCAUACCUCGAGAGACGACUUCGGGUCAUAGUUCUAGAUAUGACACAUACAAGAAUCUUCCAAUGGUCAAACCCGACAAUUUAACGACCUACCCUACAAAGACGUCUCUUUCGGAAAAAGACCAACAAGACAUUUUACAUAUAUUACGACAGCAAAACCAUUUAAACAACUUUCAAACUGUCGUGAAGAAAGAAACGAAUUCGGCCAAGGGAGAUAACCAUAACUCAGAAUUGAGCAAAGAUAACGCAGCACAUUUCAGUACUCCUAGCACCUUUUUGACACCGAGUGCGCACCUUGAAAGGAAGAUAGAUAAUUUUCAUAAAACAGAGUAUCAAAAUAAUAACCAGCAAACUAAUAAGAAAAGCAAAAUAUUGAUAACUGACAUGCAGACUAUUAAACCUCCUACUAGUGUUAAACCAAUGCAGCCGAACAAUGCCCCUAAGCCAGCUCGUAACCGCUCGAAGUCUAACAACGGAAAUGGAAUUAAAAAGUCGCCAAGCUCCGUCCAAGUUACCAAAGAGUAUAAAGUAAAAAAAAUGGACGACAGCAAUCUUACUGGAUCAAAAGUAAAACCCAGCACUGACUGGGAGAGUGUGAUGAACGCUAUUCGAGCCCAAAAAACUCCAAGUCGCGGACCCAAGGCUCUCGAUCUAGGUUUGAAUAGGAGUUCAUCGGAACAAGCAUUUUCAAACGUCCAACGUGAUCAAGGUAGUAGUACAAAGAUAAAGACCCCCGACACUGAAAGUAAAACUGUCAAUGAAAGAAAUUCAUCAUUAAAACAGACAACAAAAGUCAAUACAAAGAGCGACUCCAUUCGUAAAUUACCGAUCGACACGUGUACUGCAACUAACCCUGAUAAAAAAAUUAAAACGCCAAAGAUGCCUGAGCCAAACUUUAGAAAUACAUCUAAAGAAGUUGCCCACCAAUUUGGUUUAUCAAAAAAGGCUGGCGUUGAAUUGGGAGCGAAACAGUUUUCGUGUUCUCUGCCAAAAAAUGAUGACCCAUUUAUAUCUGGAAUAGAAAACUCUGACUAUGAUCUGAUAGAGGCAUUAAUGGAUGACGACCUACGACAGGAAAUUGGCGAGUUGUCGUCUGAUGAAGAAUUCGCAACUUCGACGCACGCUGUCAUUAAGAAGCCCCAGAAAACAUACGUUGACAAAAGUUCAAGUGAGGCCAGUACGACUAUAGUACGGAAUAGUCAAGUCGUGAACCCGCAUGAUAGCAGUCGAAAUGCUAACGAUAUUAAACAACAAAUUGUGCAAAUGUCAGUAAUAAGGACUAACGACCCAUCUAAAAUUUACAUUCCAUCAGUAAAGGGGCAAACCACAAAUGUCCCAUCAACUGUGAAAGCGACAAAUCCACUUAAGGAUUAUACUCAUAACGCUAGACCUAAUUUACUUGGCAAUAAUAUGGCUGAUUCAAAACUCGAAAUACCUCAGCAUGAGAACAAGAAUGGUGCGACGGAGCAUAUUCAAAAAAAGAAGACGAAUUCAUAUGUUGCACCAGUGCAACAACAAACUGCUCCCAACGUUGUUCUCCUAGGAUCUAAUUUAAGCUAUGAUCAAUACAACAGAGUGCAACCACAACUCAAUAUUGAAUUGGGAUUGCAACAAGAUCCCUACAUAAACACACCUAAGACUGUGUACCAGCCGGCGCAAUUUAAAAGACCAGUUAUAAAACCUGUUAUUAUUAGUAACGUGCCAAUAUUGACCAACCAUUUGCCGACAUCCACAUUAUCUGGACAGUCUACUUCAACCAACACAGUGCUUUUACAAGGUAAUCCGCCAAAAUCCAACACCGCAGUCAGCCAGGUUUCACAAGGAACAGUAAAUCAAACAGACUAUACUUCGAAUCUGGGGAACAGUGGAUCAUAUCUUGUAGAUUCAAUACCAUCAAAUUCGCGUAAAACUCAGCCAAUCAAUCUACAUAAAGACAGUGGUACUAGUAUCAUUUCAGGUACUUAUUCCAAUAAAAACAGUGACAAAAAAAUACAUAUUUUAAAAUCUCAAGAAAAACAAGACCUUCUAGUACAUUCAGAGGGCUUAAAUAAACUAGAACGUGAACAGCAAAAACCACAAUGUCGACAGAAAACACCAUCUGCUACUAAUAAGAAAACAAAAUGCCGAGGUGCUAUUGUCGAAUCGAUUCUAUCUCCAUGUACACCACACGUACAAACCAAUUCGACAAUCAAACUAACAGAAACACAAAAUAUGAAUUGUUUGUCAUACCCCAAGAAAAUUUCGGAACAAGAUCAAACGCAUAAGAGAAUAUUACCACAAUCUUCAAACAAUUCAAAAGCAGCCAGAAGUAACAGGAAAGAAACCAAUCUUGAUUCUCAAACAAUAAAAAGUGUUUGCAGUGAAUCGAGUCUGGAAAGAUUGGUUUCUAAGAGAGUUAAAAAAAUGGAUGAACUUGAAAUCAAAGAUAAAAUUAUUGAAAUUAUAAAAAUAAAUAAAAAACGAUCCAAAGCAAAGAAGGUUGUAACUGCUAACGAAUCUCGUCCUGAUAUGUCUCAGUUUGCUCCUAUAAACAAUGACAAGGAGACAGAAGCUGCAAGAGGUUUCAUUGAACCUCGUUGUAACCCUUCCCAGUCUGUUCCUGUUAAAAGUAUGAAAGACACUGGUGUUAUUUCUGUGAAUGAUGUUCAUGCUGACAUUUCGAAGCCAAUGCCUGCUCAAAGUGUAAAGGAGAUAGGAGUUUUAGCAGCAAACGAAGUUCGUUCAGUAAAUCCUAAAUUUGUACCUGUAAAUACCAUCAAGGGAACAGAAGUUAAACCAUCAAAUGAUGUUCGUUCUGAUAUUCCCAAGUUUGCAUCUGUUAAAACUGUUAAGGAGACAGCAGUUAUUGAUGUGAAAGAUCGUCCAGAAAUUCCUAAAGCUCUUCCUGAAGUUACUGUCAAACAGAGAGAAGUUAAAGCUUUGAAUGAUGUUCUUCUUGAGAUUCCUAAGCCUGUACCUAUUAAAAGUGUCGAGGAAAAAAGAGUUAAAGCUUCAAAUAAUAUUCGGCCUGACGUAUCGAAGUCUGUAUCAGAUAUUCCUAAAAUUAUUUCUGUAGAGAAUAUAAAGGGAACAAGAGUUAAACCUGCAAACGAUGUUAGACUUGAAAUUUCUAAACCUAUACCUGUGAAAAAUGUCCAGGAAGCAGGAGCUACUACCACGUAUGUCGUUCAUCCGGAAAUUCCUAAAGCUUUUCCUAUAGUAGAAACUACCAAAGGGAUAGCAAGUGAAGUAUUGAAAGGUGUUCGUCCUGACGUUUCUAGGUCUAUACUCGUGCAGAGUGUCAAAGAAACAGGAGUUAUACCUGUAAAAGAACAUCCUGAAACUCCUAAAGACAUUCCUGUAGAUACUGUCAAGUGUACAGGCGUUACAACUGCGAAUGAAGUUUGUCCUGACAUAUCUAAGUCAAUACCCGUGAUGAGCGUCAGAGAAACAGUUAUGGAUCACGAUUUGUUACUGAAUAAUUUAGAAACAAAUAAAGAAAUUAGUCAGAAUGACACUUGUAAAACGCCGUUAAAGCAUAAUGGUGUGACAACUAGGUCUAAAACGUUUCAAGCAUUACAAAGUAAAACCGACAAGUUCGAUUUGGAAUUGGCAUGUGCUCUCGUUGACAAUAAUAUUGAGUUUAAUACGCCUAAAUCAUUAGAGAGUUGCGUGUCUGGCCCUAUAAAGGAACAGGCACCUGCUAACAAUGAGUCUGAAUCUAAAGCGAAUGAAUUACUUAAUAAUAACAUUCCCAUACCAACUUUCCUAUCAAGCUCAGAACAAAAUUCUAUUACCACUAAAACAGACAUUACUUGCCCGCAACAAGCCGUCGUUCCACUACCACCAAACGAAAACGUAAUUAAUGUUGGAGAUCAUUUAGAUGACAAUACGAUUGAUUCAGACUGCGAACUUGUUGAAGAGACACCAACGUCAAACGAAACAUCUGAAAUCAACCAUAAACAGAUGUUGCCGUUAUCGAAGAGGAUUAUAAAUAGUGGCAAUUCAUCUUCGCAGAAUGCUCCUAGUAGUAAACUGGAGCAGGUUAAGACUUGUAACAAAAAUAUUAUAAUGACAUCCCAUACCACACAAAAUUCAUUAUUACGUACAAAAAAAGUAAUAGAAUACAUCAAAUUAAUGGACGACGAUGCUAAAGAAAAACCAAAUGAAUCAUGUAAUAAAAAUUGUGACGUUAACCAAAUAAAAGCAUCAGACAUUCCCCAGUCGUUCAAAGACGAUUUUAAAAUAGAACACUUGGAAUCUGAUGAUAACGAUUCUCUAAAGAAAAUAAUUAGAAUUAAAUCACCGAAUGGUAAAACAUUUAAGGCUACAAUUUACGGAAUGUGUCUAGACUUUGAUACAUUAUUUGAGGAGCCAUCUUUGCGGACAAUACUGUUAAGUAACUUAGCUGAAAAAAAACGAUAUACUUUGAACUUUUUUCAAGUGGCUCGGGAGAAAUCAAAUAUUCCAAUCCGUACUACUGUUCAAGAAGUGAAUGUGCAACCAAUAUCUACAGGAAAAGAAGAAACCAUUGUAUUAAGUGACGAUGACGAUGAAGAAGUAAAAGUGAACAGUUUUAAAACCGAAUAUGGACAGUACAAUGUGCGAAUUUCCGAUACUACAUUGAUUGAGAAACACCAAAAAAAGUUUGAUCAAAAAUGUCGCGUGGAUGUAGUUAGAUUUAACUUUAAAGAAUAUGAAAAUAAGUCAACUACCGAUAAAUUAAACUCUGUAAAAUCCAUUAAGGGUUCCACAGUUGAUAGCUCGACGAAUUUGAUUCCACAAUCUUUGUCGCAAACAGCACAGGUUGAAAUCUUGACUGAAAGGAAUAAAAUAGAAACACAUGAAUGCAAACAGGAACUAAAGCAAGAAACUGUUGAAAAUGAUGUAUUUGACAAAAAAUCUUUAGAUUCGAUUGACACACAAAGCGUUGUGACGUCGGAUUGGCCAACAUCAUCAUUUCCGCCCUCGCCGACAAAGUCGAAAACUGUGAAUAAUUCUAUUGGCAAUUCUGAGCAUCAGAUGCAUUCAGAUCUGACAGAGAUGGACACUUUUAAAUCGAACCCAUCUACGAAUACUACAUCUAUAGGGGAUAUUGACUCUAAAUCAGCAAUUUCACAAACGUUAUUAGAUUCUAAACCAAUUGAAAAUAUCUUACCAGAUAACUUUGAUUCAGGGAAAUAUUUGACAGCUGAAAUACAAGAUUCAGCUACCAAAAAGACUACCAGUGAUGACUUGAUAUACGAACCCGUUUCAGUUCUAGAAAGUUCCAUCUCAACCACGGAACAAACCGUUUCGAAACUUUAUGAUCUCGAAAAAUCGUCAAUGGAAUUAAUUUCUUCAGAUGUUGAUAGCAACUGUGUCUUUGAUAGUACAACGGAUGAAACAAUACCGCUAUCUCCCUUGAUAUCGUCAGACCGGGACUCGCCAACCGAAUGCAUUUUACCAGACUAUAAUUCUAUAAAUUUGUGUUCUUCGGACAACUACGCUAUUGAAAACACAAAUUUAGAUUUUAAUACAUUGCUGUCGGAUUCGGAAGCAUCAGCGGAAAUGAUUUUACCAGAUCGCAAUCCCAUGGAAUUUAAUGAUAACACUAAUAUAACGAAUAGAAAAUCACUGAACAUAUUUGGAGUCGAGGACUCUACAAACGAGAGCGAGAAUAGUCAAGGAGGUGCCGAGAGUAUGGAAUCGAACCUGAAUACAUUAGGAGAUAAUAUAGCUGAUCGCAAUACAAGUUCUGUUCAAGAAACCACCAAAACCGAUGAUUUUAUCAACCUUCCAUCUAACGUUUGCGAAGCUAAGAUCUUAGCCAGAAAUGUAAACGUAAAUUUAAAAUGCUACGUAAAACUUACCAAAUGCGACAAGCUGGCGAAAACUCACGAAAAUCUUAGAAUUAUAAGAAAUACUUGCUACGUUCAUUUGACAAGAUGUGACGAUGUAAUUGAAAAGCUCAUGAGACUGAAAUCGAAUGCAGGAAACGAUCCAAAUCCGAGAGACACAGGAAGGUCAUCGCCCUUGAUGGAAGUUUUUGAAAUGAUUGCGUCUUUUCAGAGCAGGGUCAAUGGUGAAAAACAACAAAUGUUCCAAGCGUUAACUAGUAAUUUAUGUGAGGCAGACUGGUUAGUAACGAAACGAAAACUAUCAAAAAUAAGCAUAGACGAGUUUUCUAAUGAAACAAGAAAAUUAUGUAUUAAAAGUGGAAUCGUUGAUAGCCAAGCAAAUAAAAAGGAGGACGUUCUUAAAACACCUUUCAAUAAAAACAUUUCCGAAGACCAUUCGAUGAUCUGUAAAUUGAAAUCAGUUGAAACGGUUAUUAUGCCAGAAACUAAGAUUUCGCCACGGAAUUUGAAAAGGAAAAUUGAUCAGUGUGAAACACACAAUACUAAAUUAUCUAAAAUGGAAGAAAAAACUAUUUCUCUAGAUAAAAAUAUAUUACCUGAAAGGUUUACAGAGAAAAUUGAUUUUACAUUUAAUGAGGAUUCUCCGCUAAUAUCUAGUGUACAGUCAGGGAGUCUAAUCGAGUCUUAUGAUAAAAAUGUAGAAGAAAUAAUAUUAUUCAAUGAAAUCAAUAUUGACGAGGUCGAUUCUGACCGUGAAACUGUAUGUUCCACUAAUAGUAUAAGCCUUUUAGCGGAAUUUUUGGGCAGCGAUGACGUUUUGGAGGUCGAAAAUACAAAUAUGAAAACAAAAAUGGAAGAAUCAAAAGACGUUGUUCCGACUCAUAAUGUUUCACCGAAAACAUUAUUCCAAUCAAAGGUAUUAAAUAGAUCACAAUCGACUAUCAAUUUAGAUGAAAGUUCACUUAUUCCAGAAGCUUCAGCUUGCACGGAAAACGUUACUGACGUAACAUUAAUGAGAGAAAUGAAUUAUAGUACCCCGACAGGAACCAGUAAUAUUGGACCACUUAUUACGUCGUCUAUGGAAAAUAUACAAAUAUCAAAAGAUAUUGUGUCAGUUUUUGAUAUUGCAAAUAACGGAAUUGACGAAAAUCAACCAAUAGCAUUCGAUAAAAGUUAUGAUGAAUUAUCUCUUCGAAGUAAUCUGGAAAAUGAACCUGAAAUCUCUGUUGAAAAGGAUAAUUUUAAUAGAUCGAAUAAUGUCAAUGACGUUAAAAUAAGUGAGAAAGAAACCAGUAUAACAAAUAGUUUAAGCAUUUCCGAUAUAGUUCUCGAUGAUAUUAAGGUGAACGAUCUAACAGAAACAAAAAAUGUUAUACAGGAAGAAAAUCCACAAUCUGAUUCUGUGACAGUGCCGAUGGAAUACGAGGACUCUACCCCUCUAGAAAAUCAAACAACCAAAUCAAAUAAUAUGAGCAUAUCAUGUAUUAAUUCUACCGGUAGUGUUGUUACAAAUUGUCUACAAGUUUUAGACAAAGAAAAUUCUAUAAAGGAUCUUAGUGUUCCUAGCGCAACUGAAAAUAAUGUGCGCGAUGAUAAAACAGACACAUCAACGUUAUAUGAUCAUGACAGUGGAAACAGCAAUCCUUUGAGAGAUGAUCAGCUACAUCUAGACUCUAACAGGUCAAAUGUUAGUCCAAACAUCCUUUCUCAGGAUAUGGAAGUUGUAGUGAUCGAUGUUGAUGAUCGACUUGUUGAUAAAUACAAUAAGGACAACAGUAAAUAUGCAAAAAUAAGUAAAUCAUGUUUAUGUAGCGACACAGAAGAAAUCGAAAUACUAAAUAAAUCACAAAAUGAAAAUCUUGAUAAAGAAAAUAAUAUUGAUUCAGUGAACGACAAAAAUAUGCAAGACUAUACAACGUUGAAAAAUAAAGAUAUUUUAAUAUCUCAACAUUUUCGUGAAAGCAUUAAUUGUAAAGGUUGUUUUUCUGAUAUAUCGCAACUCGAAAACAAAGACAGUUGUAAAAACAGCAAAAUUACACAGAAUAAUACUCAUUGUAAUACUUCAAGUACCAUUGAUGUCCAUCCUGUUGAGAAAGAGAUUAAUCGAAACAGCUCUGUGAACGAGGAAUAUGAUAUGAAAAUUCGAGAAAAUAGUACAAACCAUAAAAAUGUUUUACCAAAUAAUAUAAAGAAUGCAGAUUAUAACGAUUCCGAUAAAUUGAAAAACACAGUGCCCGACGUAAAUAAACAAGACGAAAAUAGUAAAUCAGNUUCAACUCUGUGA